CUGUUCCAGAGGAGCUGGCGCCCGCGGCAGCCUGCUGUGGUUUGCAGAGCUGAAAUGGCUGAGAGCUCUGCUGCUGUCACUGUCAGCAAUGUCAAUAAGCAUCUCUCACUUCUGCAGAGAAGCAACUUGGAUGCAUCGAGGGAUACUCUCACGUGGACGCUGAUCAACUUCCAUCCGUGAGUAGGUAAUAGGCAUAACGUUCAUUCAGCACAUGGGCCGCUGAAAGCUGGAAAUGGGGGAGGGCCGCUGACUCCAGAGGCUCUCAGAGCAUCAUGUUACAAGCUCUGCUCGACUACCUAGCUCACGAAAGCAUUUCGCUGCAAGAAAAGAGCAAGAAAAGACCCAUUUAGGUGAAGAGUACACAGCUAGCGAUAUGUCUAGUUUUUGAGGUAACGUGCGGUAAGCCUGUGAAACUCACAGUAAGGGUCCCAGGAUCCUCUAUUGCACUUCCUACGCGGAUUGGUCAAAACGACCAGCUCAACGGAGUAUGAAAAGAUCGACUUCAACUUCUGGCUGAGGAAUCAUGAAAGCAUACUCGUUGCACUUUGCGCAAAGGGCCGCGAGUCGGAAGGUGGUGCAGUACGGAUUGCUAGCGCUCCUUCUUCUCCUGGGGCUAACCAAUUUCCCCGGUAGUGGUACAAGCAUCCUUCUUGAGCCCCUUAUCUAUUUGUUCAGCUCUGCUGAGCUAGUUGUCUGCAAAAAUGUCGACACCUUUCAAGGCUCGGGCGUAACCAACUACUCGCUGUCGUACGAUCUGACCAAAGAUCUACAAGGCUGUCGGAUCAAAGUCCUGGACGUUUCGAAAGAACUAGCAAUACCCGUUGGGAUUCCUACUUGUAAUCCUAAUGAUCCAGCAGUCUGGCCUUACGGUCAAUGGGGUUGGAGCGUGGAUGGUUAUAAUCGACCGGUAGAGCACUUUCACCGGCAGCAUGCAGCAGCUUUUUACAUCACAAAAGCAAUAGCAGAGAGCAAGUACUCCAUUGAGGAUAUCGACCAAGCUGACGUCGUCAUCGUGAAUGAUUAUUGCUACUGGACCUGGUGGCAAUCGCAGGUCCGGCAAGGAGGGCCAGAAGAAUUCUUGGACUACGUUGAUACUGCUCCCUUCCUCCAGAAAGCCGCAAAGCAUGUGCUCAAUCUCCAAAAGUACAACGAAACCAAAGGCCGCGCCUUUGCAUACCUGCUCGCGGAUCCCAACAGCAGUCGCGGGGACAUCUUUGGCCCUCUAGUCUGCAGCGAGUGGCCAAACGCCAUUUUUCCAGCCGUUAUUGAGAGGGGCCAGAUCUGCGGAGGCGGGGAUCGCUCGGGGCGCUGGGACCUCAUCCUCCCUUAUGCGAGCACAAAGCGCAUACCAAAGGCGGACUACUCGCGACCGCGCAGCACCUUACUGUUCUUUCGAGCAGGCUGCAGUGACUCCGAGAUUCGCUCAGUCGGCAUGCGUAUGCGACAUGCGGCAGUGCAGACUUUUAGUACGAUAGAUGCUCCGGACGUCUCUGUCAAGUGCAAGUGCUCGCAGUGCCCGGGGCGUGACGAACAUUCUCAAAUGUUAAGCAAACUAGGGCGCAGCAAGUUUUGCUUGGUAUUGCCGGGUGAUACUCAAGCCAGCCGCCGUCUGACUGAGGUCGUUUUGAUGGGAUGCAUACCCGUCUUCAUUGGUUCCCCCUUUCACGCACUGCCCUUUGCAGAGUAUGUGGACUACAACAGCAUAGGCUACUUCUUCGAAGUCAAGCAUGCAAGCUGGAUGUACGAUCCGGUGGAUGCUUUUAAUCUAGAUUUGUGGCAGCUAGACAGAAGCGUAGCCCUUGUGGAAGUAGACUUUCUAAUAGACGUGUACACCUACCUUCGGAGUGUUAGGGACUGUGAGAUCAAGCGUAAGCAAAUUGCAUUGCAGAAGCAUAGACGGCUGUUCGUAUACACAACUUCUCUGCGAGAGAACGAGGCGCAAGCAGUAGAUGUAGUGAUCCACAAUCUGUGCACUAAGAUCAGGCCUCGUGACACCAAUAAGACAUCGCCUUCACAAUAGCAGUAGUUUUUAAACCUCUUACAAGAUUGAGAACCAGUUUCAUGAGUGGUAUUCGAUGUGUAAAGUGAUUGCGGUUCCAACUGGAGAUUGAAGAAGGGGCCUUCCGCGCAGACCGUCGCGGCUCAAAAGGAAAUUGGGG